AUGGGGCGUUUCUGGAUUGCGCUCUGUACGCUGGUAUUGGGCCAUACUGUGGUGGCGAUGAACUUGGAUGCUCAUAAGACUAGCCUCAGCAGCUGGCUAGCAACAAACACUGAUAUUGCCAGAAAGAGCAUUCUGGACAAUAUUGGAUCGUCUGGCGUAUAUGCGAAGACUGCUGACUCGGGGAUCGUGAUUGCUAGUCCGAGUACUAGUGAGCCGGACUAUUACUAUACGUGGACAAGAGAUUCUGCUUUGACAAUGAAACUUCUGACCGAUCUCGUGAAGAGUGGAGAUACUGAUCUAGUUCCCACAAUUGAGGAAUACAUCAAUGCGCAAGCGUAUAUUCAGACAGUGUCUAAUCCAUCCGGAGGUUUCUCAAAUGGCAGUGGACUGGGUGAGCCUAAGUUCAAUAUCGAUUCAACUGCAUUCACUGGCGAAUGGGGUAGGCCGCAGAGGGAUGGCCCUGCACUGAGAGCAACUGCGCUCAUUUCGUUCGGUCAGUGGUUAAUUAGUAAUGGAUACACGAGCACCGCGAUGGACAUCAUCUGGCCAAUUGUCAGUAAUGAUUUAUUGUAUGUUGCACAGUAUUGGAACCAGACUGGUUUUGAUCUAUGGGAAGAAGUUCAAGGUUCUUCGUUUUUUACUGUUGCAGUGCAGCAUCGCGCCCUUGUCGAAGGUAGCAAGUUUGCAAGCCAAGUGAAUUCUUCUUGCGCGCACUGCGAUUCUCAAGCACCUCAAGUCCUUUGCUUCCUGCAGUCCUUCUGGACAGGAUCGUACACAUUAGCCAACUUUGGAAACAACCGCACAGGCAAGGAUUCGAACACCAUUCUCGGAAGCAUUCACACUUUUGACCCUGAAGCUGGCUGCGACGACACUACAUUUCAGCCUUGCUCCGCCCGUGCGUUGGCCAACCACAAGGUUGUUACAGAUUCUUUUCGCUCUGUCUACAGCCUAAACUCUGGUAUCUCAGAGGGGGUGGCGGUUUCUGUUGGUCGGUAUCCAGAGGAUGUGUACUACACUGGCAAUCCCUGGUACCUAUGCACCCUAGCUGCAGCAGAGCAGCUGUACGAUGCGUUAUACCAGUGGAACCUAACUAGCUCUUUGACUAUUACUGAAAUUUCUUUAUCAUUCUUCAAGGAUAUCUAUAGUUCGGCUGCAACUGGCACAUACUCGUCCUCUAGCGCAACUUACUCGUCUAUUAUCAGCGCAGUCAAGACUUAUGCGGAUGGAUAUGUUGGUAUUGUGGAGAAAUACGCCAUGAACAAUGGUUCAUUAUCGGAGCAGUUCUCAAAAACCAACGGGACACAGCUAUCAGCGUACGACUUAACCUGGUCCUAUGCAGCGCUCCUGAGUGCAAAUUUGCGUCGUAAUUCCGUUGUCCCUGCAGCCUGGGGAGAAACUUCUGCUAGAAGCGUACCUGCGACCUGCAGCUCGACCUCAGCAACUGGCACUUAUAGCAAGGCUACGAAUACAGCCUGGCCAACUGCCCUGGCCAGCAUUGUUGGAUCUAACACGACCGCGACUGGUGCUAUCCAGAUCGCGGCCAACUCUACAGGUGAUCCGACCUCUGUGACUUUGUCAUCGUUCGGCCAUGUUACUUUUAGAAAAUUCUUUCUGGAUGUCAUUCCAGUGUAUGAGAUUCGCAGGGACACAUGA